AUGGAGAAGGGAGGUGAUAUGGGGGGCUCGGCCGCCAACAAUUCCAGCGAUUUUGUUCGCAAGUUGUACAAAAUGCUUGAGGACCCUUCCUAUGAGUCUAUCGUCAGAUGGGGCGAGGGAGGUGAGAGUUUUGUGGUUCUGGAAAACGAAAAGUUCACCAAGUCCAUCUUACCAAAACAUUUCAAGCAUAGCAAUUUUGCCAGCUUCGUUCGGCAACUCAAUAAGUAUGACUUCCACAAGGUCAGACAGAACAACGAAGACAACACUCCAUCCCCAUACGGUCCCAAUGCGUGGGAAUUCAAGCAUCCAGAAUUCAAAGCGAAUAACAAAGAUUCUCUUGAUAACAUCAGACGAAAGGCACCCGCCCCAAGGAAGCCCGCGCAGAGCAUGGACGAUCCCUAUCCUGCGCAACAGAUGGAUCUUGUCAAUAGCCAAUUAGUGGCAACACAGCAACAGCUACAGCACUUAUCUGAAAGAUACCAAGAUCUUGCGCAAGGACAUGUUGUCUUGCUGCAGCAAGUUGUUCAGUUACAGAAGUUUGUUAAGAACCACGAUGGGGUUAUGCACAGGGUGAUGGGGUUUCUGCAUACCGUUGAUGCUCAACGGCGAAACAGUCGAAUCGGGGGUCCAUUCGGAAACGGAACAGGUGCUGGAAUGGGCGGCGGAGAUCCUAUGUCGAAUGAUGGACUAAUCGAUGAUCAUCCAGCCUCACCACUACAGCAAGCCUCUCAACUACUCGACGAAUUUUCAGCUGAGAACUUACCGAACAAGGAACUCGAACAGAUGACUCAUGAAUAUCACCUACGAAAUGAUUUCUCAACCCCACCAAACGACCAUGCAGGCUCGUCUAUGGCACCGCGCUCUGACAACCCAAGCACACAUCUCGGCUAUCCGGUAGGCAAUGACUUAGACAACAUGGUAUACCCAGUAGGACACACGAACGGUAUCGACCCUAUCAACAGCGAACACAUCCACAAUAUCCCCUAUGCAUUGCCUACGAACGGAAUGCUUCCCGGUGAUUCUAUGCCAGAAAUGUUGCCUGAAGGUGGCUCAACCAGCAGCCGGAAGAAAGGUUCGGUCGAGUCAGUAUGGGGGAUGACCAAACCGCGAAUAUUACUCGUCGAAGAUGAUAAAGUGUGCGCACGGAUAGGAUCGAAGUUCUUGCAAGCAUUUGAAUGCGGUGUCGAGACUGCUCGGGAUGGUCUUGAGGCCGUGAACAAGAUCAAUAACGGCGUCCUUCAGUUUGACCUUAUUUUAAUGGAUAUUAUUAUGCCUCACCUCGAUGGCGUCUCGGCUACGGUUUGCAUUCGAGAAAUACGGCCGAACAUUCCCGUCAUUGCCAUGACUUCGAACAUAAGAGCCGACGACAUUGAUAUGUAUUUUCGAUAUGGCAUGAAUGACGUUCUACCGAAACCGUUCACAAAGGAGGGCAUGUUACGAGCUCUGGAAAAGCACCUGCCACAAUUUAAGAAGAACGCGCAAUUUCCUCCUUCGUCGAUGCCCCAUGGUGGAGGUUUCGUAACGCCAAGUGCUACUCAUCCCCCUCUCGGCUUGAAUGUAGGGCAGCUUUCUGCCACUCAAUCUCUCAAGGAGUCAUCUCCGGGUAAGUCACCUGCAACAGCAACAUCGUGGCACUCGCCAAUUCAGCUGCCAGGGGAAUCACCUAUAGGAGCUCCUUCCAAUUAUAUGCAGCAAGCUAUGGGAGAUAAUCGGCCAUAUACUAUGACACCUACGCAUCCUCACCCGCAAUCUGGUUUCCCAGCACCGUCGCCCCAAGGCGGCUUGGGAGGGCCGAGAACAGCACCACAUCGAAGAGUCAUGUCCGACAUGACCGGAGGACCCCCAGAAGAUCACCCAGAGAAGAGGCAAAGGAUGUACCCCCCGCCUCAAAGUGCCUUCCCCCAAUGA